AUGGAUAGAGAUGAAGAAAACUACUAUGGAAAACACGGUGAACCAAGGAAAUUUGACCCAAAGUUCAGAGGACCUAUUCAUAACAGGCACUGUACAGACGUUAUUUGCUGUGUGAUCUUCAUAGUCGUCAUUCUGGGUUACAUUGCAUUAGGAAUUGUGGCUUGGGUGCACGGUGACCCCAGGAAAGUGAUUUAUCCAACUGACAGCUAUGGGCAGUUCUGUGGUCAGAAAGAUACCCUCAAUGAGAACAAGACCAUUUUGUUUUACUUUAACAUUCUGAAAUGUGCCAGCCCUGUAGUGUUAAUAAACCUACAGUGCCCUACAACACAGCUUUGUGUCUCAAAGUGCCCAGACAGGUUUGCAACCUACAUUGAUGUUCAGGCUUCCUACAGAUAUAAACCAGAUCAGUGGAAUUACUUCAGGCAGUUCUGCAAACCUGGUUUUAACAAUCCUCGCAAGUCUGUUGCUCAAGUCCUACGUGAUGAAGAUUGUCCUUCGAUGAUCAUUCCAAGCAGGCCUUUUCUUAAGAGAUGCUUCCCAGACUUCUCCACGAAGAAUGGUGUGCUAACUGUGGCAAAUCAGACUACGUUCAAAGAUGGAAGAGGGAAAACAAGAAAUGUAACUGAUCUCAGGGAAGCUGCAAACGGCAUCAAUAAUGUCCUGGAUGCAAGAUCAGUUGGAAUGAAAAUUUUUGAAGACUAUGCCAUUUCUUGGUAUUGGAUUUUAAUUGGGCUGUUCAUUGCAAUGAUUGUGAGUCUGCUCUUCCUUGUGUUAUUGAGGUUCACGGCUGGGGUUCUCUUCUGGAUUUUCAUCUUUGGUGUGAUUGGAAUUAUAGGUUAUGGCAUCUGGCAUUGUUACUGGGAGUAUGACCAUCUUAAAGGAAUACCUGGAUCUGACCUCACUGUUUACGAUAUUGGAUUCCAGACAGACUUCAGAGUGUACCUGCAACUGAGGCAAACAUGGUUAGCAUUUAUGAUUAUACUUUGUGCUGUUGAGGUCAUAAUCAUACUGAUGCUGAUCUUCCUAAGGAAUCGGAUCCGGAUUGCUAUUGCACUGUUGAAGGAAGGUAGUAGGGCUAUUGGCUAUAUAAUGUCUACAUUGUUCUACCCAAUCGUCACCUUCAUACUCAUUGCAAUUUGUAUUUCCUACUGGGCUGUGACAGCUGUUUUUCUGGCUACAUCAGGAGAACCUGUGUAUAAAGUAAUGGCUAAUCAAACACUGUGCAAAUACGCAAACCUGACUUGUGACCCAGAGACUUUUAACACAACCAAUGUGACUAAAUUGUGUCCGGGUGCUCAGUGUACUUUUGCUUUUUAUGGAGGAGAAAGCCUGUAUCAUAAGUACAUCUUCAUCUUCCAGUUAGCCAAUGCCUUUGUCUUUCUCUGGCUGGUGAACUUUGCAAUUGCACUGGGUCAGUGUACCCUUGCUGGUGCCUUUGCCUCUUAUUACUGGGCCUCUCGAAAACCAGCUGAUAUUCCACUGUGGCCACUCUUCUCUUCAUUUGGACGAGCAAUACGAUACCAUACAGGUUCGUUGGCAUUUGGAGCCUUAAUUCUUGCAAUUGUCCAGCUUAUUAGAGUAAUACUGGAGUACUUGGAUCACAAACUGAAAGGUACACAGAACUCCUUCACUAGAUUUCUACUCUGCUGCCUCAAAUGCUGUUUCUGGUGUUUGGAAAAAUUCUUAAAAUUUAUAAACAGAAAUGCCUACAUCAUGAUUGCCAUAUAUGGUAAAAACUUCUGCACCUCGGCAAAGGAAGCAUUCUUUUUGCUCAUGCGGAAUGUGGUGAGAGUUGCAGUUCUGGACAAAGUUACAGACUUUCUUUUAUUCCUGGGGAAAAUUCUUGUUGCCGGUGGUGUAGGUGUCCUUGCGUUCUUUUUCUUCACACAGAGAAUACCAGUCUUUGCACAGGAAGCACCAACGUUAAAUUACUACUGGGUACCAUUGUUGACGGUCAUUAUUGGCUCCUACCUAGUUGCACACGGGUUCUUCAGCGUCUAUGCAAUGUGUGUCGACACGCUUUUCCUCUGCUUUUGUGAAGACCUGGAAAGAAAUGAUGGAUCUACAGCAAAACCCUACUUCAUGUCAGCUAGCCUUCACCGAAUUCUAGGGAAGAAGGAACUAAGCCCUAAGAAGGCAGUGGGAUAACAUACACUAAACCUCAACAUCAAAACAGUGUCACUUUUAAGCAAAACGUGUAUAAAGUAGGCAAAAGUAAAAACUGUAAAUUAUGCUUCUGGUUAAUGGGUGAUUCUUUUUUCCUUUUGCUUAUAUCUAAAAAAAUGAGCAACAUUGGUAACAUUUAACAAGUUUAAAUGCUUAAACUAACAGCUGUGAAAAUAAGGCCACGUUUUAGUUUAUAGAGUGCCUAUGAAAAGGAAAAUGUAAAUUUGAAGCUUUUUUAAGUCUAUAAUGAUGUUUUAAUAAUUUUUGUAACACAAGUUGCUGCCUUAGAUGACAGCAGUUUUGAUAAUGUUUCUUUUUAUAAGUGUAUAUUUGUAAAAGAAAUUCAGGCAAUUUUUUGAAAGCACUACCAUAUAACCUAAUUAGCCAUAAAAAGAUAGUUCAAGACUCUCUAGUUAACUGGGAGAUGGUACUAAAUUUGUAAAUAUGGUGCUAU